GCCAAUCCUACCUACUUACUUGACCUGAUCAUCAUCAUCAUCAGAUCAAUCAAUCAAUCAACUCUCUCUCUCCUCUCUCCCUCUCUAGAUAUAUAUAUGUGUGUGAGUUGAGAUUUGAAAUUGAAAUGCUACUGUUGUCUGGUUUCGACAGCUUACGCAAUCGGCUCACUUCCCCAAAUCAUCGUUGUUCAAACAUUUGAUUAUUACCAGUCGCUUUCGAAUCCUGUUGUUCGAUCGUACUUCCACCAUCUGGUGCAGCAGUGGUCGCGGAAACAUGGCGGGGGUGUGUUCUUGCGGGGCGUACCAUGCGCAGCACGGCGCCGGCGGCGGCGGGCCUCCGUUUUGUAUGGUGUUCUCCGUCUCCAAUGGCGGACGUGAUUACGAAGAAGACGACGUCGUUUGCGCCUUCAAUACGACGUCAUCCGCCUCUUCUUCUGUCGACUGCACGCUUUCGUUAGGCACGCCGUCGACGCGACGCGCCGAUCGCCGCGCGUCGUGCGUGUCGGAUUAUUUCAGCUGGAACAUCCUCCGCCACGCGCCGCCGUCGAAGAGCCACCGCGCUAGCGGCGACGGCGACGGCGACCGCCUCCUUGCCCGCCGGUGCGCCAAUUGCGACACCACUUCGACUCCCCUCUGGAGGAACGGUCCUAAAGGCCCCAAGUCUCUGUGCAAUGCCUGCGGGAUUCGCUUCAAGAAGGAAGAGAAGCGAGCGGCCGCCGGCGCCGGAGAAGCGCAGCAAAUGAUAAAUUGGCCUAAUCCUCCGCCGCCGGCGCGCCACGAAUUCCGAUUCAUAAACGACGUCGUCGAGGACUCCGGCGACGGCGGAAUGCCUUUCCGGUCGUGGCGUUUCAACAGGCCCGGACUGGUCCAUGAGUUCACCAGAUGAUUAAAUCCCAGCCGUUGAUUACAGAAAGGUAAUGUGGUGAUUGAUCGGAGACGACGAUAACUGCAACAUCCGGCGAGGAAUUGUUGACGAUAUUUGGUGAGACUAUAAAUUGCUAUUUUAGGAAAUUAUUAAUGUUGCCGUAGAUUUUCAAUAUCCUUUUUGGAUUUGCAUCUCCUAUAUCACACCUUUCACUUUCUUACCAUUUCCUGCAUAUAUACGAUGUAUUACUAUAUUAAUUAAUUAAUUACAUGUAGGAAUUUAUAAAUUCGAAAAAGGGAACAAAUUUUGAAGAUCAGU